GUCAGCCUCACUAAAAUGUUUCAAGCUGAGAUCUCAACUCGGUGUGCCAAAUAACUCCACGUGUUUGUUGACCUGCAGCCGGGGCAACUGCUGGAGAGUUCCGUGCCAUGCACACGGCGGGUUCGAGGAGCAGAAGGAAAAAAAAAAAAGUACAAAUGAAAUCUUGCCUAAAUGUGCACUUGGUACACUCUCUGUCUCAGUGUCAGUGUGGUGCUCCUCUCUAAUCACUGCAUUAUAACUACUACAUUAUUACACAUGGAUUUUUUUUUUUUACAGUACAGCUUUAUUUCCAUCUAGUUUCUAGCACUCUACAGUUUUCUUUUUUAUUAGCAUUGUUAUUAUUACUCUUUCUUUCUUAAGAAAGAAACAAGCUCUUCUUCCUGAAGUGCAUCUUCAACUCUGGUGGUAAUCAGAUCCUCCAGUGCAAUACGUAAUCCCAAGGUGCACCGCUCAAUGAAUAAGCGCAUGACCUAAUCCCAUGAAGCAUUGCGGUGCACACAGGGGAGGGAGGGAGAAAUAGGGGUGGGGGGGUGUUUGGCUGGUUUGGAGCCCCGCCCACCGCGCUCGUGCGGACCAGUGAGUGCUGUUUGACAUGACAUCAUCUUUAUUUUCAGUGCGCCGUGACUCGAAGAGAAGGAGGGAAAGAAGAGAGGAAAAAAAAAAAAAAGAAAUCCUCAACAACCUACUGCAGAGAAACUUUGUUUCCACGCUGGAAGUGAGAGGAUGUUUCAGGAUCCUGUUCGCUGGGAACUUUCUUGGGAAAAAACUUCUUCCUGGUGGCACUUUUAGGUUGUUGGUUUUUUUGUUUGUUCGGUUUUGCUCGCACUUACACAUUACAUCACAUCGCACCUCUCUUCUCCUCUCCACCACACGAAACUUUUUUUUUUUUUCUUCUGUCCUUAAAAAUGGACGGUUUGUUUUAUAAUGAAGCUCUGGAUGGUGUUUUGAACCAUCCUCAUCCUCAUCCUCAUGCUCAUCCUCUUCACCCCGAGGCUGGAGGAGGUGGUGGUGGUGGUGGUGGAGGAGGGAACGGGUUCGAGACCCUGACGCGCAACCUGAGCCUGAACCUCACGGACGCGCACGCGGCGCACGACGCGCUCACGCUCACGUCCCCCGACCUGCACCUCCUCAAGCUCACGUCCCCCGAGCUCGAGCGGCUCCUCAUCCAGUCGUGCAACGGCGCGUCCCCCACCAGCCCCGCGCGCGCCUUCCAGGCUCCCAAGCACGCCGCCGCGGACGACGAGCAGGACGCCUUCCCCGCGCCCGAGUUCCAUCAGUGCCACCCGCGGAUGUCCGGCGACGUGCCACCUGUCGUGGCCGCGGGGCCGCCGCCGCACGCCUUCCACGCCGAGCAGCACGCCUGGGACGCGUACGCGUGCGCGCCCCCGCAGUUCGGCUGCUGCGCGCCGGCGCUCAAGGACGAGCCGCAGCAAGUGCCCGAGACGCCGCCGCUGUCGCCCAUCGACAUGGAGGACCAGGAGAGGAUCAAAGCCGAGAGGAAGCGCAUGAGGAACCGCGUGGCCGCCUCCAAGUGCCGGAAGCGGAAGCUGGAGCGGCUCGCGCGGCUCGAGGAGAGGGUGAGCCGGUUAACGGGGGAGAACGGAGAGCUGCGCGGCGCCGCGGACUCCCUCCGGGACCAGGUCACGCAGCUCCGGCACCAGCUCCUGGAUCACAUCAAGAGCGGCUGUAAGCUCCUCAGCCAGCAGCUGCAGACUGUCAAAGAGUUUUAAAUGCUGCGCGCGCGCCGUCCGUUACUUUUAUACGUGUUGUUUUUGGAACAAAUUCAAAAACUUCAAAGAGACUUUGAAUCAGGACAAACUGCCAGGUCAGUUCCAUUUCCUUUCAGGCCUUGGUUUACAUGAUGGUUUGUUUAUGUUUGUUUGUUUGUUUGUUUGUUUUCUGGCCCGGAAAUGACUUCCACCCCAUGCUGGAUUGGAGCUUACUUUUUUUUUUGGUCCUUCUUUAAAAUGCACCUUACUCCACACUCAUACUGUAGUUACUCCACAGUGUCUUCCUUUAGACUAAAAAUCACAUACAGCCCCUUUAACCAGACUGCACUGUAAUAUAUAGAUUUAUUUUGUUUGCUUGUUUUUUUUU